AAAACCCAUUUUGAAGUGUAGUUGGGAGAAAAUGGGGUCUCUAAUGACCUUCGGAACUCUCACUCUUGUAUUGGCAAUAGUCUCUCUCAGCUUGCCUUCUCAAACCUCAGCAGAUCAAUACUCCUAUUCAUCACCACCGCCAGAGAAGCCUUACAACUACCACUCUCCACCACCACCACCAGAGAAGCCUUACUACUACCACUCUCCACCACCACCACCUCCUAAAAAACCCUACUAUUACCACUCUCCACCACCACCUCCUAAAAAACCCUACUACUACCACUCUCCACCACCACCACCACCAGAGAAGCCUUACUACUACCACUCUCCACCACCACCACCCCCUAAAAAACCCUACUAUUACCACUCUCCACCACCACCACCACCAAAGAAACCUUACUACUACCACUCUCCACCACCACCACCACCUCAUAAAAAACCCUACUAUUACCACUCUACUCCACCACCACCACCAGAGAAGCCUUACUACUACCACUCUCCACCACCACCACCACCUAAAAAGCCUUACUAUUACCACUCUCCUCCACCACCACCACCAAAGAAGCCCUACUACUACCACUCUCCACCACCACCACCCCCUAAAAAACCUUACUAUUACCACUCUCCUCCACCACCACCUGUCUACAAGUACAAGUCUCCUCCUCCUCCUGUCUAUUCCCCACCACACUAUGUCUAUUCAUCACCACCACCACCCCCUUACCACUACUAGAUAGUGAUUUAAUAUACCACCCAUGGAUCUAGCAGAGAACAUGUCCAAAUAAAGGAGACAGUUGGAUGGAAAUAGACGAUGCAAUUUAUUCAUAAAAUGAAACGCGUUUAGUGAAAAUAGCGUUAAUUUGGUUUCACUUUAAUUUUUAUUUCGUAUUUUGUAAUUUCAAUGUAAGGCUCUGUUCAGAUCUGAUCCAUGUGUGUACUCGUUCCUUUGCUGCAUGCGUUGUGGGUUUCUACCUGCUGGGUAUGCAAGGGGCCAGUAUUGCUAGUCAUAUUAUAUAAUAAAUAAACGCCCUGAUUUUUUUAC